AAAGUCACAACUCCCAGCUCUGACCCAUGCUCUGAUUAUAAUAUUCUCAAUGACGAUUGGAGAGACCUGCGUCAGAACAGCCAGUCAUAUGACCACGAUGACACUGCUGUUGAAUGGAGUGGUUGGUAUCGGCUGUAUUUGAAUGGAGAAAGUGCUCAGCUGUCUGAGUGGUGUGUGACACUCGCACGAUGCGGUGGUGAAGUCGGACUUUAUCUCAAUGGCUCUCAUCCACAACUUGAGGAUGGGGUGGUUACCCGUGAAGUCUUGGGAUCUUCAAGCUUGUUGUGGAGCUCCAACCAAUGUGGUUAUUUUAGAUCUACCCCCAUUCAAGUCAAAGCCUGUCCAGGAGAUUAUUAUGUCUAUAAACUUGACAAACCUGAUGUGUCAAUCCCUAGGCCAACAUACUGUGCAGUUGCAUUCAACAGCAUCAGUAAUGAUCCUUGUUACAACUAUGAAUCUCUGGAUCGUCCCUGGAGAGCUACAAAUGAAAUUGGAUUUUACAUUUGUGAUGAAUCGUUCUCCUGGAACGGCUGGUACAGACUUUUGUACAAUGGGGCGAACAUCCGAAUGCCAGAGAGUUGUGUUAAUGCAGGCAGCUGUAACACCGAUUACAGUCUUUCGCUCACUGGUCCUCAUCCUCAGGUAGAGGAUGGAGUGGUGAUCAUGGAGGUCUGUACAAGAACAUGGCAUUCCAGCUAUAAUUUGAUGAAAACACCCAUCAGAGUUAAAGCUUGCCCAGGCGACUACUAUGUUUAUGAACUUGUGAAUCAACUAGCAUAUGGGUGUUCAGGGUAUUGUACAGAUGUCAACACAAUAUCUCUGGUUUCCACUGCAAGUCCAGCUACCAGUCCUGGAUUCAGCAUGACUUUGAAUUAUGACCCAUGUUAUAACUACAACAUUCUUGACAAUUACUGGAGAAGCACACUUUGGUAUAUGUCUGGACAUGAUGACACGCGUGUUGAAUGGCAUGGCUGGUAUCGACUCUUCAUUAAUGGUUCGAGUGCACAGAUGCCUGAGUGGUGUUUCAGUCAAAUGUCAUGUGGAGGUUUUAGUUCUCUGUGGCUUGGUGGUCCUCAUCCUCAGCCAGAAGAUGGAGUUGUUACUCGUGAAAUAUAUGGCUCUGUUAAUGACCAGUGCAGUUACUACAGAUCUGACCCAAUCCAAGUCAAAGCUUGUCCUGAAAAUUAUUAUGUCUACAGACUUUUAAGGCCAAAACCAUCUAUCCCAGUGCCUGUAUAUUGUGCAGUUUUAUUUAACACUCCAAAUACUGAUCCCUGCUAUGACUACACCAGUCUGGAUGAUCCUUGGAGAGCCACUGACAAUUAUUACAACAAUUACAUGUGUGAUUAUAAUGUCAACUGGAACGGCUGGUACAGGCUCUUCUACAAUGGUCAGAGUGUCCAGAUGUCAGAGUCAAGUGUUGGUUAUGGCAUGUGUGGCACUCCUUACCCUCUGUGGCUCAACGGCCCUCACCCACAGCUGGAAGAUGGAGUGGUCAUACGGCAAGUGUGUGGUUCCACUUGGAAUGAUGGCUGUGGUUACAAAUCUCAUCCAAUACAAGUCAAAGCUUGUCCAGGAAACUAUUAUGUGUAUGAGUUUGUCGGGCCAACAUUUUGUGCAUCUUACUGUGCAGAUGUAACCAAGCUUGCAUCUACAACAAAAUCUGAAACAACGGUGACAAUUCCACCCACAGAAUCCAGUACUUUGUCUGUUACAACCCCAGAAGAAGCAAUAUCUUUUGACCCCUGCUAUAACUACACUGUGCUCGAUGAUUCUUGGCGAUCCACUAGCAAUCAUUAUUCUUCCUACAUAUUUUGUGAUGCUGGUGUCACCUGGGUUGGGUGGUAUCGUCUCUUCAUUGGCGGCCAGAGCGGUCAGAUGCCAGAAACAUGUGUUGAUAAGUUUAGCUGUGGCACUCACGCCCCACUAUGGCUAAAUGGUCAACAUCCACAAGUCGAGGAUGGAGUGGUCACCCGAAAUAUCUGUGGUCACUGGGGCAAUGACUGCUGCUAUUUCCAAUCCAAUCCCAUUAAUGUCAAAGCCUGCCCAGGAAAUUACUAUGUCUAUGAGUUUGUUCAACCAAAUUUCUGCUUUGGGACCUACUGUGCAGAUAUUUAUGAAGCAAUAGUGGUUUGA